AUGGCAAAUCCUUUAGAAAAACAAUCAGUGAGGAAACCAACAGGAUGGAAUACUUUUUAUCGACAAGUUGCGGUGAGUUGAUAUUGUUGAUGCCAUCUUGAUUUGUCAGGACAACAAUUGGUUUAUAAACGAUAGAGUAUUCAAAUUUAAAAAUAGCGUUAUAAAACAUAAUUUUCAGGGAAGUUCCGAAGUUCACAAGGUCAUAUAAAUGAAUACUCGUAUAUUUAUUUAAAUAGUUUUAAUUUUGUUUCACUUUUCACAGCCUGGAAUUAUUCAAAAACGUGGGCCCGAGGCAAACAUUGGCAAAGUGUCCACUGUAGGAUCCAAAAUGUGGAGGCAAAUCGGUGAGAGAAGGAAGGUAAAUAUUCAAUAUUCAUAGUAUAUUGUACUAUAUUUUUAUUUACUAUAUACGUUUCGACUAUAUUUCAGUCAUCAUCAGGAUAAACUUUAUUGUACUCAGUGGCGUAGCCAGAACGAUAAUUGGGGGGGGGGGGCAUAUUCAUAUAUUCGUGUCCACAUACCAUAAAAACAAUUGAUUUCAAAAGAAAUUAAUAAGGCAGAACACGAAUAUAUGAAUAUGCCCCCCCCCCAAUUAUCGUUCUGGCUACGCCACUGAUUGUACUAUAUUAGAAGUAUAUAUUUAUUUAAAGCAUUAUCCAGGUGCUCUCGUGUUCGUAUUUUAGCCAAUCAGCGCUCAGAAAUGGUUGUCCGAAUAGAAAUCCAUUUUGAUGUAUUCAGUCAAUUAUAUCUUUCAUUAUUCUUUAUGAAACUACUUGAAAUUUUGUAAUUAUGUUUGGUUAUGAGAACUAUAGUUCUGACAAAAAUAUGGAAUCGAAAUAAAGUAUAUUACAGGAGAUAUUCAGUUGUUUUAAUCAUAAAAUGGAUUUCUAUUUGACAACAAGUGCCAGUACUUUUCCGCGUAUCAAGAAUCAAGAUCACCUGGAUGCUGGGCCUUAUUAUUUUUUUAUGAUAUGUUUCUCGCCUAGGCCGCCGCGUUCUUUGAGCCUCUUGAGCUGUAUUCUCAUGCCUUUCAUCUUAUUGCGAUGAAAUUUCUGUGACAUAUUCAAUCCAUAAUUAUAAAGCGACUGAAACAACGAAGGCUACAUAGAUUACUCCAAAACGAAUUUACAUUAGAACUGUUUGAUAAUAUAUACAGUGUUUUAAUAUACCCGACUAUGUGUAGUUUAAAUAAGCACGAUAUUAGCACAAGUUUACAUUGAACAGUUAUUAUUUUGAAAGAUUAAUCAACGUCAUACAGUUUUCAAUGAAAAGUGGUUUUUCAAACCGCCAAAAAUCCACUUGAUCGAGUUCGCUGCAGAAUCGAUAUCCGCACCAGGAAUCGACACGGAUUCUGCCAGGCGCCUCACCACGAAAUCGAUCAAAUUAAUCCACGCGGCCCACGCAAAGGCCGCGCAAGCCAUAGAACAACACAUAGCGCCUGAGUACGAGGCUAUGAAAACAACGCAUAUGGGCAAGGCACUCAAGUGUCAGGAGUGCGAUAAGUCGUUUACAAGAAUGGAAAUUAUUGUUCAUUGAAGGGGAAAAGGAAAUCCAUGUUUGGAGGGAAGUAUAUUAUGAAUAUUAGUGCUUUUUCGCCGAAACAGUUCAGCCGAGUGUUGGUGAUCAUUCUUGCAAUUCCCUCAACAUCCCGGCCGAAAUUGAAGAUUUAAAAUCCGGACAGCUCGUUAAUGGGGAAGCGAUCAAAGCAUUGGUAGAGUCGGUUUCAUAUAUAACUGGCGUAAUAUCGCAUCUGCACGAUUGUGGGGGCAAGAGCGGAAACCGUUUUCCUGAGUUAAAGCAGAUGAAUCAAGAUAAUUCAACCGACCAUUAUGUCGAUAAUGCUAUUUAAACAGACAUUUGUAGAUCACCUGAUGGUAAUUUGAAUAAUACUUUUGUGCAGAAUUCAUGUGAUGACAGUACGAACGCAAGUACCUCAACAAAUGCCCAAUUAGGAGCUGACGGAAUCGCCUCUGAUCAGGUCACGGUUAUUGAUCUUUGCUCAAGAGUAUGCAGAACCACCCACAAGUGAACCUGUUAAUGAUGUUUCACUGGUGUUGUCUGGAGUUAAUAUACAGGGUGUCUAAAAAAAAACCAAAAUCAUUGAAAUAACGUAUUGUUCGAAUUUCAAUGCCGUAACACAAAGGAUUUUGACAGGGUGAUUAAUUUGUUUUAAAAAAUUAAAAUAUCUUUGUAAAGUGAACGUUUGUUUGCUCAUGGGAAUUUAAAAAUGCUUCGUAAAUUGUAAUAUGCGUAAUAUGCAUUCGUGGGUUUAGUACUUUAUGCCUGACAUAACAAGUUUACGUUGAGUAUUACCAUUCAUUAUAGCAGUUAUGUCAAUCUUUUAUGCACUCGUGGGAUUAACUUAGUGCUAGGGCAUUGAAUAUCGAACAAUACGUCAAUUUCAAUGAUUUUGGGUUUUUUUGAGACACCCUGUAUAGUGUAAAUGACCAUGUCACGGUUAAUGAACAUGUAAAAGAACAAUCGCUAAUCAUCAAUGACGAAUUCAAAGGUGUAAGUAGAAGUCGGAGCAGAACUAAACAUUUAUUUUUAUCGGGAAUUUCUGAGGAUGUUCACAAGGAACAAAUGUCUUAUUGUCGUCUUGUCUUAUUUAAAAAGUCGUAACGUAGAACAAGAAAAUAUCUCGAUUUUUAAUAGCCGUCAAAAGGGAGCUAUUUCAGCGAAGGUUAGUGUACCCGCUUCAGCUGCCUCUUUGCUGGAUAAGGAACAUUGUUGACCCUAGUUUGUCCGGUGCAUAAUUAGCAAUACGAUACCUUACUUCCCAUCUCCCCUGCGCGCAUAAAUUAAAAGCUGGUAUUGCCUAUUGUCCCGUGGGACAUAUCACAAAAACGUUUUCGCGUUUAACACUUUAACGUCAUUGUGAAAAAGGUGUAUUGGUCAGGGCAUCGAAGUAAAAGAUUCUAAAUUUGUGAUCUUUGUAUCUCAUUUCGGCCCAUUUUUGUCCCCAAAGUCAUUUUCACUCGGUCACCCGCGUUGAAAAUUAGGCUCUGGGUUAGACGACUGAAGGGAGAGAUCUGAUUGGCUAUUUCGCAGAAGUCGAGCAGUUUUUGGUAGGCAAAAUUAUCCUAUCAACAUGUCAACACAAAUACUUUGUUUUUCCGUAAUACUGCUUCACUUUGAACAUUGUUACAGGUGCUAAAACAUCCCAAUUUAAUUUAGAAACUGCUACAAGUUUUCUUGCACUUCCGGUUCCGUGUGUCCCAGGACGCGCGCGGCCGAGAGGCCCUGGGGACGAGGAUGAUCUCGGCCGGGAAUUUUUACUCUGGUAGUCUGGAGCUGCUCUGUUUCUGACCCAAACUUUUCAUGUACUGUUUACAUCAUAUAUUGAAAUUUUACGACUUAGGAUGGGUAAUUAAGUUCGGAUCCUGAACAGUAACACAAAUACGUUUGUCAGUUUGGGUCGUCAAGUCAGUUAGUUUGCCUAAAUUCGAAUUUAGUCCGGCGACCGAAAAGGUGCCACGUACCAUUCAGAAACGCUGCGACGUUGCUUCUUUGGAAUUUGUUAUUUCGGGCUGAAGAAGGGACGCUCAUUAGAAAACUGACAAAAUAAACUCAGAAACAACCUGGGCCCAGCUGACAUGAUGCUCCGCAGAAAAUGGAAAGUCUGAUUGAAAUAUGAAAAAGAAUACCGGAGGAUGUGGAGUUGUAUAAAAUGCAUCUGUUCUUGUGAUUCUUAGAUCGUAAAACAAACAGCUGCACACAUAAUUACUGCAUAAACUCAUUUUUAAAGUGAAUUAAGAGUAGCACAUGCGCAAUUGGCUACCUCCUACGCAGGCAUACAGCCCGUAAUGAGUAUAUGUCCGUUCGCAAGUUAAAAUUUGAAAUUUGAGACGAAGGCUUGCGUAGCCAAUUGGUUUAUGUCUGAUGCAUCCAAAGAUAGAGACCAUACAUUCGCUGAACACUUCGCCGUGCCAUUGGCUGAUAUCUACAACCAGUCGUUUAGAUGCAAACCUUUUCCUGAAAUAUGGAAAAUUUCCAAUCUAUGCAGGGUCCCGAAAUCAAGUCCAUGUUCGUCAGUGGAAGAACUAAGGCCAAUUGCAUUGACCAGCACUUUUUCAAAACUUCAUGAAUCAUGUGCUGUUGAGUGGAUCCUAAAUGAUACUAAUGACAAAAUUAGUGAAUCUCAAUUUGGUGGCUUUCCUGGAAUGUCUCAUGUCUGCUGUCCUUAAUUGCAUUAACUUUCCAACUACACAAGUGGUAUCUAGCAAUGUAUAAUAAUAAGAAAAUUUUCGAAUUACAUUCCUCGAUUUCCGAAAAGCCUUUGACUUAAUUGACCACAACCAACUGUUGCAAAACUUUAAUGACAUUGGUAUACGUUCAGGCUUGAUUGGAUGGUUUGCAUCGUAUUUACGAGGACGAUCACAGAUAUCUUCACAUCAUGGUGUAAAAUCCGAGCGAAUGGAAAUUAAUGAGGGUGUACCCCAGGGCAGCAUAUUAGGUCCAAUCGCUUUCGUUAUAAAAAUCAAUCAACUCCCAUCAAUUACAAAUUGGGAAUCGGCCGAAACAACCAACCAAAAUUAUACGGAUGAGGGAGAAACAACAAUGUUUAUGGACGACACGACCUUAUCUGAAGUGAUAAAAGUAUCAGAUCACACCUCCGGGACAUUGUUUGGAAAAACUCAAAAAAAUGAUAUGGAGAAGCAACUACAAGCAGCUUGA